AUGAACCUGCGAGCGCUUCGGUCUGCUCCAGCUCCUACACAAGGUCCCACCAGUGCUGGGUCUGCAGGGCCACCUCCUGCUGCCAACAUAUCAAGCAACAAACGGCUGCAGCAGACACAAGCCCGGGUGGAUGAGGUGGUAGACAUCAUGAGAAUGAACGUGGACAAGGUGCUAGAAAGAGACCAGAAACUAUCAGAGCUUGACAACCGUGCAGAUGCAUUGCAAGCAGGUGCCUCACAGUUUGAAACCAGUGCAGCCAAACUGAAGAGAAAAUACUGGUGGAAAAAUUGCAAGUUUAUUUCUCCACUUGAAAAAGCAAAGAAGGAAGACUUGGCACAACUUUGUUCAUAUUAACCAACAAUAUCAGUGUUCCUUUGUUGA